GGGAAGUAAUCUACGGAGCCAAAACCCUCAGAAGCUGCCGCCGCGAAGUGCCGCUACCAUUCUGCCGGUUUUGCAGUUUGCAGUUCGCAUUUGGUUACCAUUUACGACUGAGAGAAUGAAGAUGGAGCUGCAUAAAUCGCCGCCAAUCACAGCGUUCACUUCCAACGGCGACUAUCUAGCUAUCUUGUCCUCCAAUGGAACUGUCAAGAUUUGGAAAACUAGCGAUGGGAGUUUGCUAGCCGAGUGGAAGGAUCCUGAUGGGAAAACUGAUGCUGGUUAUUCUUGUAUUGCCUGCUGUUUUGUGGGGAAAAAACGUAAAAACAGUUCUUGUCUUAUUGCUAUCGGUACCAACGGAGGGGAUGUGUUGGCAGUAAAUGCUUCAAGCGGUGAAACGAAGUGGGUAUCUGCCGGUUGCCAUCUUGGUGGAAUUAUUGGCCUUUCUUUUGCGGACAAAGGCCGGAGACUGCAUACCAUUGGAAGUAACGGAAUGGCAUUCAAGAUGAACGCCGAAACAGGAAGCAUUAUCAAUGAGUUCAAAGCUUCGAAAAAAUCAAUCUCUUCUUCAGCCUUUUCACUUGAUGAGAAGUACUUAGCUGUAGCUGGCAAAAAGUUGAAGAUUUUAAGCACAGAUAAUGGGGUUGAGCUUAUGGUGCACCCUGAUAAAUUGGGUCCUGUGAAGCUUGAUUCUAUAUCUGACGACGCCAAAACAAUAAUUACAUCAGAACCUGGAGCCAAACAUAUUCAAGUGUGGUGGUGUGAUAUGAGUGCUGGAAAACUUAGUCGAGGUCCUGUUCUGUCCAUGAAGCAUCCUCCGUUCAUUUCUGAAUGCAGAAAUAUGAACAAUGGGGAAGAUAGCAUAGUUGUCUUGUCAGUAUCAGUAUCAGGUGUAGCUUAUUUAUGGAAAUUAAAGUUCCUAUCAGAAGACAAGGUUAGUCCGACUAAAGUCACCGUUAAAGUUAACAAUGUCGAAUCAGCUGAGGAAAACCAUGGAAGUGCUAAGAAGAAUCGUAUUUCUGUCCUCUCUUCCACAAUACAAGGUUUAGGAGACAAUGAAGUGUCAGUCCUUGUCACUCAUGGCUCCAUGGACCUACCGCAGCAUACUGUCCUUAAUAUCGCACUUGAGAAAGAAGGUCCACACGAGAUCGAACAAGCAGUUACUUCGCCUAAAAGUAAGAAAAGCAAAAAGAAGAGAGCUGCAUCUGAUCUCGACAGUCAGACAGCUGGAGAUGUCAGUGAUGUCGGCAAUGAAGAUACGUCUAAUGUUCUAUUUAAUGAUGAUUUAAACGAGCCAACCAUGGGAGAUAAACUUGCAAAUUUGAAUUUAGAGGAACAGAAUGAAGACGAGAACCAUGAACAAGAUGAACCUUCCGUCCCUGCUAUCCCACCAAGUGCAGACUCUGUUCAGGUUUUGCUCAAGCAAGCACUACGUGCAGACGAUCGCGCCCUUUUGCUAGAAUGCUUAUACACCAAGGAUGAUAAGGUCAUCUCAAAAUCAAUAGCACAACUAAAUUCUUCAGAUGUUCUCAAGCUUUUGCACGCUCUCAUAUCCAUUAUCCAGUCAAGAGGGGCAAUUCUUGUAUGCGCCAUCCCUUGGCUUAGAGGUUUACUUCUUCAACAUGCCAGUAGAAUAAUGUCUCAAGAAUCUUCUCUACUCGCCUUGAAUUCUCUAUAUCAGCUCAUUGAGUCUAGAAUUUCAACUUUCCAAUCUGCGCUUCUGCUAUCAAGUAGCUUAGACUUCCUUUACACAGGGGUCCUUGAUGGGGAGGCGGAAGAAAAUGAUGCCAUUGUACCGAUUAUUUACGAGGAGGACGAUAGCGAUGAUAAGGAAUCGUCGGGAGAUGAAAUGGAAACGGAUGAAGAGGGUGGAGGAGUUGAAGUAGAAGAGGCCUUUGACGAUCUUAGUGCUGGUGAAGUGGAUGAUGAUAUGAGUGAAUGAUGAUUAUGAAGCCUACAAAAUCCUUUGGGAUUUCAUUUUUUGACCUUUGUUUAUCCAAAAUGAGCUUCUUCUGUAAUUUUGACAAGAGUUAUCCUCCGAAUGAAUCAGAACUAUAUAAACCCAUUGCCCAAGUUGCAAA